AUGUCGCGAAUGUCAUCCGGUGAAUCCGCCAGCCACCCCAAAAGCGCUUUUGCGCCCCCUACCAUUAAUCGAGGUCCCCUUCGAAAGAAUUGGCAUGGAUCUCGUCGGGCCAUUGGAGCAGACUGCAUGAGGGCAUCUCUUUGCACUGAUCUCAUAGAGCAACACAUAGAGACACCUCCAGGGGUAGUAGUACACAGCCGACCCUAUCAUCUGCCCAAACACAAGAAAAAUGUGGUUUGGGAGGAACUCCAGGCUAUGCUCGACAUGGGAGUAAUUGAGGAGUCCCACAGUGACUGGAGCAGCCCACUGGUUUUGGUGCCCAAGGCCAAUGUGACUAGGUUUGUGCCUAACUAUUCAGACAUCACCAGCCCACUGACUGAUCUCACUAAAAGAUCCGGUCCAGUGGACGGAGCCGUGUCAGCAGGCUUUCACUCAGGUGUCUUUUGGACAAAUCUCCUUGAGAUCGCUUCAACUGAUCAUUUGUCUGUCCAUCCUGGAGAGAACAUCACCCUGCUCUGUAACAUCACUAAUUAUUCUGAGAUAUCGUGGUAUCGACUGAGAUCUGAGGAGGUGAAGCUGCUGAUAUGUGCUGACAAAAGGAAGCUGAAGAAAGAGUUUAUCCUCAGUUAUAAUGUGAACGAGAGUCACUUUUAUGUAACAGAAAGCAGCAGUUCAGUCAGUUUAGUGAUUAUUGGAGUUAGAGAGACAGAUCUGGGAUUUUAUUACUGUGGAGGUCGAAACAAAACGACACACAUUCAGUUUGGGAAACUCAUCAGACUGAACUUUACAGAAGACCAACAUCGUAAGACUGAUAACUCAUCUGAGCCUCCACAUACCCAGCAGUCAGGAUCAGAGCUCUGGAUUACAGUGUGUGUGUGUCUGUGUGUCUCUGUCCUAAUAAACUUCAUCUGCAUCUACAUGUUCUGCUGCAGGCUCAAAGGAAAGUCAGUACCAUCGUGCAGCUGUUGCAGUAACACCACAGACUCCGCUGAAAAGGAAGAAAAUAUGCAUUAUGCCAGCAUUCAACACAAAAGAAGGUCCAGCGUAGCUGCUAAGAAAAACACAGCAUCAGAUUUGGACAGCGUGACUUACGCAACAGUCGCCUCACAGCCUCGGAGACACAAGGUGUCAUAAAUUUAUUAUUACAUCAUAAAAACUGUGUUGUUCUCUCUGGCUCUUAAUAAUUUGUUUUAAAGAGAUAACUGAGUUAACAUGGAUUUCCAUGGAGAUAAAAUGAACUAUUUUGAAAUAAAUACUUAGUAUAUUUGGAAUAAAGUUUGAAAUAAAUAUUAUAAUACUAUAUUUAUAAAUAAUAAAUGUUACAAGAACCAUCUGGUUAUUUAGAUAAAUUAAAAAAAUAUUUUUUAAUGCUUAGGCAAAGUAGAUGGCUCAUAAAGCCUAUAUAAGCCCUAUAUAAAAAAUUUGCAUAGGACUGAGAUGAAAAGCUGAGAUACUGGUAGAGAUAAAAUGGCAGUGAGAAACAAGAUGAGGUGUAAUUCAAUGUUGCAUAAGAAACUGGUCUAUCUAAUGGCUCUGUUACAAACCUCUAAAAUACUCCAGAGUUAAAUUAAUAAUCGAUGUAAUGCCCAACUUGAGCACCUGAUGUUAAUGUAUGUGUGAAAAUGCACAAAUAAA